UCGUCACUGUCGCAAACAGACACUCACGGAGUUUUGUUUCGGGACUGACUUUCUGACGGACGAAAGCUUAUUUUCCAUCUCCAGUGGAUGUUUGUCUGCUUUAGAUUGCACUAUGUGGCGUCUUCUAGCUGGGUUCGUGCUUCUGCUGUGUGCUGCAGAUGCCACUCCAGUUGGUGUCAGGACAGCUCCUGAUUUUGGAAAGAUGUAUCAUGUCAAAGGUAUGCUGACUUUGCCUUAUGCUGAGAUAAAGGAGCCGUUUGAAGCUUGGUACGACCUUAAGGGGAACAGAAGUCGCAUCGAUUAUUAUCAUGGUACAGUGUGCACUUUUUUUAUUGGAAACGACUUGGAUUAUGGUGCCACUUACAAGAUCACACCAGUUACCACUGAGACAGAAUUCAAUACUAUGAAGUGUUUCCAGCUUAAUGGUACCAAGGAGGAUCCAAUACGUCCACAGACAGCACUGCCUGAUCUGCAGGGCUUUAAAUUUGAGAAGAUUGAGUACUACUCAGGCGUUCUUUGUGAGAUCUGGAAAAAUGUCACACAAGUUGGUCAUAAGAAGAACACGUAUCGUCUGUGGGUCACACGUCCAGAGGGAAAUGAUUCCCCAGCCGUCCCGUACCACUAUGAGAUGAUGGGCUUCAACACACUUUUGGGAUCCCACUACGACAAAUACAUUAUUGACUACAGUGACUUCAGCCCUCGAACUGACUCUGAGAUUUUUAAACUACCUGGAGGAAUGACCUGUGGUGACUUUCCUGGUCCUGGUGUGGAGCAUCAUUUAUUGGCCAACCCCAUUCAAGACCUGGUCCACACCUCUCCUGUUAGCCACGCCCACCGUAUGUUCGGUCACUUUAAGGAGAAGUUUGAGCGUCAGUAUGAAAGCGAGACGGAGCACGAGGAGCGCGAACAUCACUUUGUACAUAAUAUUCGGUAUGUGCACUCUAUGAACAGAGCUGGUCUUUCGUUCUCCCUCUCGGUGAAUCACCUGGCGGAUCGGUCUCAGGAAGAGCUGGCCAUGAUGAGAGGAUGUAAAAGAUCUCAUGGUCACAGAAAGGCUCAGGAUUUUCCCUCUGAGAUGCGCUCUAUAGCCACCCCUGAUUCAAUAGACUGGAGGCUGCAUGGUGCUGUGACGCCUGUGAAAGACCAGGCAGUGUGUGGAUCCUGCUGGAGCUUUGGCUCCACUGGAACACUAGAGGGAGCUCUUUUCCUGAAGACGGGACAGCUGACAUCUCUGUCCCAGCAGAUGCUGGUCGACUGCACGUGGGGAUUUGGGAAUAAUGGUUGUGAUGGAGGAGAGGAGUGGAGAGCUUUUGAGUGGAUCAUGAAGCAUGGUGGCAUUUCAACCGCUGAGAGCUAUGGAGGAUAUAUGGGCAUGAAUGGUUUGUGUCAUUACGAUAAGUCCUCCAUGGUGGCACAGUUGAGGGGUUACACUAACGUGACCAGUGGUGAUAUUGAGGCACUGAAGGUCGCUAUCUUUAAGUUCGGUCCUGUAGCGGUCGGCAUCGACGCUGCUCACCGUUCCUUCUCCUUCUACAGCAACGGAGUCUACUACGAACCGGCCUGCAAAAACGGGACCGAUGACUUGGAUCAUGCUGUGCUAGCAGUCGGUUAUGGGAUAUUGGAUAACGAGCCCUACUGGCUAGUGAAGAACUCCUGGUCCACUUACUGGGGCAAUGAUGGCUAUGUACUGAUGUCCAUGAAAGACAACAACUGUGGUGUGGCCACUGAUGCUACUUACGUCACAUUAGCCUAAUGCACAUAUACAUCCU